UCAGCCAGUAAGGCUUGCUGAAUAACGAAUUAUGUAAAAGGGGUCUAAAUUCCUGUCUAAAUGUGUACAGCUAAUUUGAUUAGUCUAGCGUGCUUGUGUUUUAACAUCUGUGGGAUUCACGGAAAUAAAUAAUUUUCGACCUGUACUACGUAGCCUUAAAAUAAUAUAAACUUGUUUUUCAAAAGCUUUUAAAUAAUAUUACGUGUUUUAUGAAAGUUAAGCUCGUUGUUGUAAACCCGCAAAGGAUAAAGCCGAAUAUUUUGCGAUGGCAUAUAAUCCCGGCUAUGGACAACCAGGAUAUGGUGGCCCACCACCCGGAGAACAACUGGAAAUGGGACAUGGUCCUUACCCGAGUAUAGGGACCGGGGGAGGGAUCUCGCCGCAAGUUCACCAGUGGUUCCGAGCUGUGGAUAAAGAUCAGUCGGGAUUCAUUACCUCCAACGAAUUAAAAAUAGCGUUGGUAAACGCUCAGGGGCAAUCAUUUUCGGACACUGCUUGUAAUUUGAUGAUAGGAAUGUUUGACAAAGAUCGUUCAGGAACCAUCAAUCUUGAUGAAUUCGAUAAAUUAUACACUUACAUAAAUCAAUGGCUUGCAGUUUUCAAAACGUACGACGUUGAUCAAUCUGGACACAUUGACGAACAGGAGCUCUCGAAAGCUUUAUCACAAAUGGGAUUUCGAUUCACACCGGACUUCAUAAACUUUUUAUCAAAAAGAAGCGAUCCAAGAGACGGAAAAAUAUCAGUAGAUCAGUUUAUUGUUUUGUGCGUGCAAAUACAACGCUUUACGGAAGCUUUUAGAGUGCGUGAUACGCAGCAAAAUGGAACUGUGACUAUUGGUUUUGAAGACUUUCUUAACAUUGCUCUUAGCUGCUCUAUAUAGAUCCAAACAAUUAAUGGAGCAUUUAAAAUGAAUCUCUGACCAUUCCAUUAUUGCUAUCAAUAAAAGCACAGAAAAACAGUCUUGUGGCUUUUGACAAAUAUUCUGGAUCAAGGUUAAAAAAAAAACAAAAGUUUGCUAGUUUAAAUUGUAUUGGGGGUCAAAGAAGAUAGCCAUGUUGCUUACAUACCUCUUAUCGGAAUAACUCUGGAUAAGAGUACUGGAAUAAAGCAGUGUGUUCACGUGGUAUGCCUACAUGUACAGUAGGAAGACACUGGAAUAAUGACCGGCGAUGACCGCUAUAUCUACCAAUUUAAUUUUCUUACAAAUAUUACAAUUCCAUGGGAUAUGACGACAGAAAUAAAAUUGUCUGAAA